CUUAUUUGGUUGGGUUUUAUUCGUUAGUCACUUCGAAUGGAACAAACAAUCUCGACAACGCUACAGCUGAAGCGGAUUUUCCGUAGAAAAGUCCACUAUCGUCCUUGCACGAAUGGACUUCUAGAUCAUUUUCCCGGAGUUUACUGGAGCCUUCUCUUUCAAUUUUGUAAGUUUCGAGCGGUGGAUGAAAGUUCGAUCAAGAUGCUGAAAUCUCGCACACUGACGGAGAUCCAUCCGCAGGAAUUCAAUUGGAUCCUAGGGCUUUGAGUUGUCUCUACUGUGGGAGUAAGAAAGUUGAUAUUAUUCCCAGGUUUUCAAGAUGGUGGGAGUGAAAGUUUGUCUUUUGGGAUUUGCUCUAGUUGUCUCGUUUGGUUGUUUUACAUUUCCUGCCACAGCGCAGACUACUGAUCCAUCAGAAGUUACCGCAUUGCAAACAAUUAAGACCAGGUUAAUUGAUCAAAUGAAGCAUCUUAAUAAUUGGAAUAAGGGGGACCCAUGCACAUCGAAUUGGACAGGAGUUUUGUGCUUCGAUACAGUUGGGAUUGAUGGCUACUUGCAUAUACGAGAACUGCAGCUGCUAAACAUGAAUCUCUCAGGAUAUUUAGCCCCUGAGCUUGGUCAACUAUCGCAUAUUCAAGUAUUAGAUUUUAUGUGGAAUGAAAUAACUGGCAAUAUACCAAAAGAGAUUGGAAAUAUUACAUCUUUGGAACUCUUGCUUUUGAAUGGAAACAAGAUAUCAGGUUCUUUACCAGCUGAGAUUGGCUAUCUUCCUAACUUAGACAGACUCCAAGUUGACCAGAACCAAUUAUCAGGACCAAUACCAAAUUCGUUCUCAAACUUAAACAGAAUAAAGCAUCUCCACCUGAACAAUAAUUCACUUAGUGGGCAAAUUCCCCCUGAGCUUUCCAAAUUAUCUAGUCUGCUUCACUUGCUUUUGGACAACAAUAACUUAUCUGGAUAUCUUCCACCAGAGUUAUCAAACAUUCUGGACUUGCGUAUACUCCAACUGGAUAACAAUCACUUUAAUGAGUCUGAGAUCCCAGCUUCUUACAAAAAUAUGUCAAAGCUAGUCAAAUUAAGUCUUCGGAAUUGCAGCUUGCAAGGGGCCAUUCCAGAUCUCAGCAGUAUACCGCACCUUCAUUAUUUAGAUCUUAGUUGGAAUGAGCUUACUGGAUCCAUACCAUCAAAUAAACUUUCUGAUCGUAUCACCACUAUAGAUCUGUCACAUAAUCAUCUUAAUGGAUCUAUCCCUGCAAAUUUCUCAGUUCUUCCUCAUCUCCAAAGAUUGUCACUUGAGAACAAUUUGUUAAGCGGGUCUGUUCCUUCAACCAUUUGGGAGAAUAUGACAUUCACUUCAUCUGCCAGUCUUACAUUGGAUCUCAGGAAUAAUUCACUUUCAAACAUUUUAGGGGAUCUUCAUCCUCCUACCAAUGUCAGCAUAAGGCUUCAAGGGAAUCCUGUCUGCAACAAUGUGAACAAACGAAACAUGGUGCAGUUCUGUCAAUCUGAAGCUAGAGGGGAGGAGACACUUGGUAGCUUGAGCAACAUGACAAAUAUUUGUCCAAUCCAUGCAUGUCCCUUUGAUGAUUUUUAUGAAUAUGUUCCAGCAUCUCCUGUUCCAUGCUUUUGUGCAGCACCAAUUAGAAUUGGAUAUCGCCUUAAAAGCCCCAGUUUCUCAUUUUUUCCUACAUAUUUAGACCUUUUCAAAGAUUAUCUUGCUGAUUCUCUCUAUUUGGACCAUUAUCAAAUAUCAAUUGAUUCUUUUAUUUGGGAGCAAGGUCCUAGGUUAAACAUGUAUUUAAAACUUUUCCCUACGGUUUAUAAUAACUCACACAUAUUCAAUAUUAGUGAGAUUCAAAGGAUUAGAGGCUUGUUCACAACCUGGGCAUUUCGUGGUAGUGAUUUUUUUGGACCAUAUGAACUGCUCAACUUCACUCUCAUUGGACCUUAUUUAAAUGUGAAUUUUGGACCUCAAGGGUCUAUGAUAAGCAAGAGAACCUUGGCUCUGCUUCUGUUUGGGGCCAUUACUUGUGCAAUCAUGAUACCUGCUGCCAUUGCAAUGCUUAUUGCAAAAAGAAAAUUUAGACACCAUCCCAGUCUGUCAAGCAAGCAUCUCUCAUCAAAAAUCUCGAUCAAAAUUGAUGGUGUCAAGGUCUUCAAAUUUAAAGAAAUGGUACUAGCCACAGACAAUUUCAACAUCUCAACUCAAGUUGGCCAAGGAGGGUACGGAAAGGUUUACAAAGGCAUUCUAGAGGAUAACACAGUUGUGGCCAUUAAGCGUGCAGAAGAAGGUUCCUUACAGGGUCAAAAGGAGUUCUUGACAGAGAUAGAAUUGUUGUCAAGAUUACAUCACCGGAACCUUGUUUCAUUGAUUGGAUAUUGUGUUGAACAAGGGGAACAGAUGUUGAUUUAUGAGUUCAUGCCUAAUGGGACACUACGAGAUUGGCUUUGUGUUAAAGCAAAAGAACGCCUAAGUUUUGGUAUGAGGUUGCAUAUUGCAUUAGGUUCAGCCAGAGGAAUCCUUUAUCUCCAUACCGAAGCUAACCCUCCUAUAUACCAUCGAGAUAUCAAAGCCAGCAACAUACUUCUGGACUCUAAGCUUAAUGCAAAAGUGGCUGAUUUUGGACUAUCACGACUUGCACCAGUUCCAGAUGAAGAAGGGAUGAUGCCUGGUCACAUUUCCACCAUAGUGAAGGGCACCCCGGGCUACCUUGAUCCAGAGUACUUAUUAACGCAUAAGUUGACAGAUAAAAGUGAUGUCUACAGCCUUGGAGUUGUAUUUCUUGAGCUCUUGACAGGGAUGCGACCAAUAUCACAUGGUAAAAAUAUUGUUCGUGAGGUUAAUGUGGCAUAUCAGUCCGGUAUGACGCACUCAAUCUUAGACAAAUGCAUGGGUUCUUAUCCCUCUAAAUGCAUAGAAAAGUUUGUGGUUUUAGCUCUCAAAUGUUGUAUGGAUAAGCCAGAAGCUCGGCCUUCUAUGUCAGAGGUAGUCAGGAAGCUAGAAAGCAUACUUCAGAUGUUGUCAGAGUCUGAUACGAUGCUGUCAGAAUGUACAUAUCCAAAUUCUGGUAUUUCAGCACCACCAUCUUCACUGACAUGUGUCACAAGAGACCCGAAUUUGUCUUCUAAUGUUUCUGGCAGUGACCUUGUCAGCGGCGUCAUACCCACCAUCAGACCUCGCUGACAUAAAUGUUCUCAUGUGAUUGCUCCUUUUAUUGGUAUAUAUACCGUUGCUUAAUUGGGAAAGUCAAUCAAGUCCCCAUUCUGAUUAAAAAUUUCAAUGUCAGUAAAGAGAUAAUGUAUUCAUAUCAGAAUUCGUAUUCAAUGAGAAUUUUCUGAAACCAUGAAUGAAGAUAUGCCAAGUCGUUCCUUUUU